AUGUACAUCUUCCAACCCAUCUAUAAAUCUCUGGAGUAUGUCUUCAUACAAGUCUACAAAUUCGUACUAGGGACAUUGGCCCAAGGUCCCAUCCCACGACAUGUAGCGUUUAUAAUGGACGGAAACCGACGAUAUGCCAAGGAGAAGGGCAUCUCCAUCGCAGCGGGUCAUUUGGCUGGUGCACAAGUUCUAGUGAAGAUCAUGGAUACAUGCUUCGAUUGCGGAACCGAUGUUGUAUCCUUCUACGCCUUCAGCCUCGAAAACUUCAACAGACCCAAAGAGCAGAUCGACGUUCUUAUGAACUUGCUGGAAGCGAUAGUUGGGGAAAUGGGCGAGAAUGACCCAUUGGUGAAGAAACACAAUCUUAGAGUGAGGGUAUUGGGUCGGUUGGAAUUGCUAGAAGACAGCGUCUUAAGGGUUAUUGCCAAGACUAUGAACGCUACAAAAGAUAACCGGGGCAAGGUUAUGAAUAUCUGUGUCGCUUAUACCGGCAGGGAUGAAAUUGCCUCUGCUAUCAGGGAAACUGUUGCUGGCUCUGACUUCCCUAGCAAGAUCAUGGUGAAUUCUUUGACAGAGAAUAUGUUUAUGGGGGUUCCGCUGCUGGACCUUCUGAUACGUACGUCGGGAGUCUACCGUUUGAGUGACUUUAUGCUCUGGCAGUGCCACCAAGAUACUGAUAUAGAGUUUGUGGAAGUGAACUGGCCUGAUUUUGGAAGAUUAGAUAUAGGUUUGAUUUUGUUGAGGUGGCAAAGCAGAAGAAGAGCUCUGGCUUAUGUGUAA